UAUCCUGCUGGAUUUCUGUUGCUAAAAGAGAAACUGACCACAUGGGAAAAGGUAGAGGUUUCAGGCAGGGCAUUUCAGCGUGUGUUUACAGACAGUACUGACUUACUCAGCAAAUCCUGCUCACAGGAGCUGCAGCCAAUGAAGAGGCUAUAUCCCAGCUUGCUUGGGGGCUUCUGAGUUUGAGCUGCAUGCAGAAAUGUAAGGCACUGCUUCCUGGCGCUGAUGGCAAAAUGGGACCCAUCUCCAGUGAUUCCUCUGGCUUCCCAGCUCUGCAGAUCUGGGAGAGAACCUACAUAAACAUAUUGGUAAUGUAGCCAGCUUUAAAGGCCCAGGGAAUCCGUAUGGAUUCAGGAGACUGGUUUUUUAUGUAAAUUUUUAUUUUUUAUUUUUUGGGGAAGAUGAAAUGCUUCUCUCGUUACCUGCCUUACAUCUUCAGACCUCCGAACACCAUCCUCUCUUCCAGCUGCCACACGGAAGGCUCGGACCAUGGUGCCGUCCCACUGGCUCCCCUGCCCCCCUCUCCUGUGAAAUUGGCUGCGGGGAGGGAUCAUGGAUACUUGUCUGCCGGCUUCUGGUUCCCACGCAAGUAAGCCUGCUGUCAAUGGAGGAGGACAUUGAUACCCGCAAAAUCAACAACAGUUUCCUGCGCGACCACAGCUAUGCGACCGAAGCUGACAUUAUCUCUACGGUAGAAUUCAACCACACAGGAGAAUUACUAGCGACAGGGGACAAGGGGGGUCGGGUUGUAAUAUUUCAACGAGAGCAGGAGAGUAAAAAUCAGGUUCAUCGUAGGGGUGAAUACAAUGUUUACAGCACAUUCCAGAGCCAUGAACCCGAGUUCGAUUACCUGAAGAGCUUGGAAAUAGAAGAAAAAAUCAAUAAAAUAAGAUGGCUCCCUCAGCAGAAUGCAGCGUACUUUCUUCUGUCUACUAAUGAUAAAACUGUGAAGCUGUGGAAAGUGAGUGAGCGCGAUAAGAGGCCAGAAGGCUACAACCUGAAAGAUGAAGAGGGUCGGCUUCGGGACCCUUCCACCAUCACAACCCUGCGGGUGCCUGUCCUGAGACCCAUGGACCUGAUGGUGGAGGCCACACCACGAAGAGUGUUUGCCAAUGCGCACACAUAUCACAUCAACUCCAUAUCAGUCAAUAGCGACUAUGAAACCUACAUGUCAGCUGAUGACCUGAGGAUUAACCUGUGGAACUUUGAAAUAACGAAUCAAAGUUUUAAUAUCGUCGACAUUAAGCCAGCCAACAUGGAGGAGCUCACUGAGGUGAUCACGGCAGCCGAGUUCCACCCCCAUCACUGCAACACAUUUGUGUACAGCAGCAGCAAAGGGACAAUCCGGCUGUGUGACAUGAGGACAUCUGCCCUGUGUGACAGGCACACCAAAUUUUUUGAAGAGCCGGAAGAUCCAAGCAACAGGUCAUUUUUCUCUGAAAUCAUCUCUUCGAUUUCGGAUGUGAAGUUCAGCCACAGCGGGAGGUAUAUCAUGACCAGGGACUAUCUGACUGUUAAAGUCUGGGAUCUCAACAUGGAAAACCGCCCCAUCGAGACUUACCAGGUUCAUGACUACCUCCGCAGCAAGUUGUGCUCCCUCUACGAAAAUGACUGCAUUUUUGAUAAAUUUGAGUGUGUGUGGAAUGGGUCAGACAGCGUCAUCAUGACUGGCUCCUACAACAACUUCUUCAGGAUGUUCGACCGCAACACCAAGCGCGAUGUCACCCUUGAGGCCUCGAGGGAAAACAGCAAACCCCGGGCUAUCCUCAAACCCCGAAAAGUGUGCGUGGGGGGCAAACGGAGGAAAGACGAGAUCAGUGUUGACAGUCUGGACUUUAGCAAAAAGAUCUUGCAUACAGCUUGGCAUCCUUCAGAAAAUAUUAUAGCAGUGGCGGCUACAAAUAACUUAUAUAUAUUCCAGGACAAGGUUAACUAGGAGGACAAGUUAUUACUUAAUAAUCUCACAUACUGAAUACUAGACAUGUUUUUAAAUGUUUCUUUGGGUCUUCAUUUGAUGCAUUGACUUUAAUCUCCCUCCGCAGAAAACAAUUGGAAUAGAAUUAAAAGGAGUUCAACUUUCCAACCCCCAGUCCUAAGAAACUUUUGGUCAAACUCAGUAGGUUUGGGACACUUUUGUUUAGAAUUGAGAGCUGCCAGCUAACAGUAAUUCUCCCAUAGUUGACUUGAAUUUCUGAUGCUUUGAUUACCCGGUUUUCUCUGGUGGGUCCAGUGUUUUGUUCCUAGGUGUCUGCUGAGAUAAAAUGAGGUUGUCUGUAGUACUUAAGGAGAAAAGAGAUAAGUUUUUUUUUUAAUUAAGCAAUUCCAUUUGAUUGAAAAAUCAACAAAAAAUAAACACCGUUUACUCU